CUCGUUUAGAACAACGUAAAUUGAAGUUGCGUAUAAUAUCAUUGGCAAAUUGAUUUAUAUAACAUCUUAAAAUUGAGCUUUUAAGCUAUUAUUAUACAAUUGUAUCCGCAUUGUAAGUUAUUUUCCUAUUUAAUUGGGACAAUUUAAUUGUAUCUGAAGUACAUUUAUUGUUACUGAUAAUUGGGAAUUUAAAACCUCAAGGAUAAAUACUUUCUAGUAAAAUAUUGGAGACAAUCAACGGUGAAGGAAUUGUUUCAAAUUAAAAUAGCUAAGGAUCUCCACUUUUUCAUAGGGAUUUUAUUCGUCUGCUCAAAGGUAAGAUUCUGUCUGCGCCUCAUCUUUUACUGUCUACCAGGAAAUAGUACCGGGUGUAGGCUAAUUAUCUUGUAAUUCUCUAGCUAUAGAUUGUAAUUUACAAUUCUAUAGGCCUAGUAAAUUAAUGUAUUCUGUAUUGUUAAUAAUGAAGUCUAUUCUAUUGGAAAAUAGGUGAAAUAAUUAGCUUAUAUAUUGUGUAUUGAAAUGGCGGGCCGAUGUAUUUAAUCGCAGUUUAUUUCCCUAGUCAAUUAGCCAAUAUCAAUUAGGCGCAAAGAUAAGAUUUAUUAGGUUAUAGCUUUUUUAUUUCUAUAUUCUUUAUCAUCUUUAUGAUGCUAUGCUAUAGGCCUAGGCUACACAGCGCAAUGGGCCACUCACAAGGAAAUAAAUAAAUAGCACUGAUGCUGUACGCUAGUGGGCUACAUUCUUUACAGAGGAAUGUCGGGGAGGUAAACAAGAAAAUAAUGUAAUGUAUUUGAUGGUUGAGUCUUUUCCGUUAUUCGGGAUAUUUGUAAAUAAAAGACAUCAAUGCCCAAGUAAUGAUGCAACCCAAAUGAAUGACUGUAAACUACAGCUGAGGAUAUCUAAAACAGAUAUAAGAUUACAGCUCUGCGCAAAAUGGUGCCAUGCCCGUAAUAGACAAGCACGUGCCUUUGUUUCCAUCAGUCAGUCUGGAAGAAAUCUUAUUAAAUGGAGCCCAAAAUCUAAUUAUUUAACAGUCCCAUGCCUAAAAUGUUUUGGAUUAGGCUGUGCGCUAUAAUUUAAAACCCUCAACUAAUAACAUGAUCUCACGUUCUGUUUGAAUAAACGGGAUUUGUUCAUUACAUAUAUCGGCCCAUUAUUAUGCCAAUUCUUCUAUUUAACGUUGAAAUUGGGGAUGAAAAGGCUUGCGCAAUGCUUUUGUCAUUCAUAUUGGAUAUGUGACGCUGCGCUGAUGUGGAUAGAGCGGAUGCCGGGCGGCUGGUAUUUUUCCACUGGCUCUUCGGAUGAGUCAACCCCCCUUCGUCUGGUCACAUGACUUCAGAUUUAUGAGGUAGCUGCAGCGCAUUGAGCAGCCUAGUCUCUCCCUGUCCAAUAUCGAUUAUUCAACGUCCCUGGUAGAACUCACGGUCCUAGAAAAAAAAGACAGUGGGGAUGGCGCAGGGAAGAAGUUCACAAAUAAACACAAAUUGAUUCAAGGUUUUCCGUUUGUUUAUUUUACAGCAUGAAACAGGCCACUGCAAAGACCGAGAUGAGCCGCUUCAACAUUUCCCCUGAUGAGGAUAGCAGUGUCAGUUCCAAUAGUCAUGAAUACAGUUCCUGUCCAACCAAGAAGGCUCCUAUUGACAGGUGAGGCACUGCAGCCUACUGGGUCUGAAGAUGCUCUGCAGUAGACCUAUGCCUGUGUUUCUAACAGCAGCAAUGUCAUCAACUUGCUUAUUUUUGUAGAAUGUGUAUUAUGUUUGUUUUAAACAAAGUUUUAAAGGCUGAAUUGGAAUGGGAUUCAUUCCAUUAAAUAAAUGUUUUAUGCAUGUUUGAUUUCCAGUCAAUAUCCCGAUAUGGAUGCAGAGAGUCAAAACUUCCUUCCAGACUACCACCUGGACAAGAAGAAGUACGAAACGGAUUAUGUAAGUGCUGUCAUGAUAACAUAUAGGCUACCAAUUUGGAGCUUAUAUUUGAGGGGGUUUUUCUAACUGGGUAUUUGACUUUAUUCUCAACAGCAUCCAGGCACUGCCUCUUUUGGGAUGUCGGUCUUCAACCUGGGCAAUGCUAUUAUGGGCAGUGGCAUCCUUGGUCUCUCCUAUGCCAUGGCCAACACUGGCAUUGCACUCUUUGUGUGAGUACUGUUUUAGUCAGACUUGGGCUUCAAUUAAAUCAAUUGCAGAUUAUUUCUACAUCUGCAUUGCUUGCUGUUUGGGGUGUUAGGCAUGGUUUCUGUAUAAGCACUUAGUGACAGCUGCUGAUGUAAAAAGGGCUUUCUAAAUAUAUUUUAUUGAAUUAAGAAAAACUGCACUGCGGGUUCAAUCAGAAUGUUCACACUGUGUCAUCCAAUGGCAAUGUCCGCAGCUUGCAAGGUGUGAGGAAGAGCUAGUGGUGUCUGUUUUAAAGUGGUUAACACCAAUGAUGUUUAUCCCUGGAUUGCUGGUGUACUGGUUCUUGAGAGGCUUUGAAGCCACUGGCCGGCCAUAUUGGUACUCCACAGAAGGAGCAGUCCUCCAUAGGAAUGAAUGUAAUUCUACAGUAUUUCAAUGAAAUGUUUCAAGGACAAAAUUACAUUUAUUUAAGUAUUUUGUUGUUGUAGUGGGGACGGUACCAUUAGUACUUUCAAAAAAUUAUACUUUAAGGAAAAACAUUAUAUAUAAUUUUUUAAUUUCAAAUUUUUAUGUUUAGCUCACAUAAUAUAAUUUCAAUUAUGCAUUUAGGUGUCUGUAAAAUAAUAAAUGUGGCAAAAACAAAUGUAUACAUUAAUAAAUGCAUUUCUAUAGCUUCUAAAAUAUUUUUUACAGUGGUGGGGGGAGUGCCAAGAUGAAGACGCAGUGGCUUCAAAACAGCGCCCCCUGUCAGUCAACUAGUGUGUAUAUAAAUAAUUGGAUUCAAAAUACACAUCCACAAUUGAAAUGGGGCUCAGGGGUAUUAAUCUGGGGAAGUAGGUAGUAGGAAUUAGGAUAGGCAGGUAGCCUAGCGGUUAAGAGCGUUGAGCCAGUAACCCAAAGUUCUCUGGUUCGAAUCCCUGAGCCGACUAGGUGAAAAAUCAGCCAAUGUGCCCUUGAGCAAGGCACUUUAACCCUAAUUGCUCCUGUAAGUCACUUUGGAUAAGAGAAUCUGCUAAAUAACUAAAAUGUAAGUGACAAUCACAUUGAAUAGAAUGCAAUAUAGAAUAUCACUGUAUGUUGCCCGGUGUGGAAGAUAGUUUGUGGAACUCUAUGGCUCUGAGUCUGAAUGCACUCACUCAUAUCUAAGGCAAUACAGCACAUUCUAAACUUAGCGGUGUGAUAUACCACCAGGUAGUGCACAACAAGGUCAAACAUCUCAAUAUCUACCAACGUGAGGCAUAGAUACAUACAGCAUGUAUCGACAGUCUACUGGAGACGUUUCCUUGUCUAGGGCAGGGCAUUGGAUAACCCUGAAGAGAGUGAGAGGAAGGCAGGCUACAGAGAUCAAAGCUUCUAUUACCGCUGGGCAGUGCACGAUAGCUAGUAGCCACGCAGGCCAGUGUUUACAAACAGUGGGCGUACGAGUGUGAGCGGUUGGGUGGGGUGGUGCAUUAGCAUCGGGGCCUUUCAUGUGGGCCAGUCACACAAAGCCGGGGGGAAGCCGCUUAGCAGCGCUAAUCUUUCUGCAUUGGGGCCAGAGUUACAUUAAGGUACAGGAAACGGAUCUCACAUGAGAUCAUGAAUGGAGCCAAAAGCGGUGGCUAAUGCCCCCUGCAAGAAUACCCCCCCCCCCCCCACCCCCCCGCCAUUCCAGUAGACUCUUCUUCUUCUCACCAUGACACUCUGUGAGCACCACUCACAGUGGACUGGAGGGAAAGCUCGGUAACCCACUGGGCAAAAACUGGUUGAGUCAACGUGUUUUCCCACGCCAUUUCAACCUAAAUCCAAUGACAUGGUGAUUUUGUUGUUGUUGACUUCACAUUGAAUUCACGUUAGUUGACAACUCAACCAAAUGUAAAAAACUAGAUGUUGAAAUGACGUCUGUGCCCAGUGGGUAGCCAGUCUGAAUGGCCACUUGCUUCAACAGCUUAUGAAUAUGAAUUAUGAAUAUAAUACCUCUGAUUAUUUGUGUAGCAUUGUGAAAUAGGAGAAAUUCUGUAAAAUAUAUGAACCAUACUGGGUAAAAAAACAAGGCACUCAAUGCAAAACCCUUUAUUGAUUUGGCUUAUGCAUUUCCACCAACAUACCUUCUUCAGGGUAUCAUAGCUUUUGUGUAUUUCCACAAAGGCCUCCGUUUUUUAAAAUCUUUGUUUGCAAAAGGUUUCCACACCAUGGGACUUGCAAACACUUCACUGUUGGGUAGAUUCAGUAUUUACAGAGUGAAAACAAUUACCUUAAGGCCAUCCAAGGUAUAUUUGGUGAUCAGUGAAGUGCAUAUGAAGUGAUAAGAUGUAGACUAAACUAUUAUGGGCAGAAGUGUAAACGGUGACAAGUAGCGGAGUCGACAGAGCAGUGCUCGGAUAUAGUCGAGUAAUCGUCUCUAUACUACUGUGUGUUGUGUGUGUGAGUGAAAUGAUUUGCACAAGGCCUUCAUAACGUGACCAUAGCUCAUAUCGCUUAGAGAUCAUUUUUCACAGUGGCACAAUUGCUACUAUUAUUACAGUGAGACAGUGUUGGCUAUGCACGGCUUGGCUGCUAAGAGGAUAGAUGGAAUAUCCUAACCUGGAGCCCAUUGUCCAAUCACAUCCCUGUAUCUGGAUUGUGCAUAGCUGUGUUGCAUCAAAACUGUCCCCAUGACAAGGUCUUUGCAGAUCAGCUCACAGACAGAACCUAUUGAUCCCUGUGUUUGGGUGCUACAGUACAGUAGAGUAGGUGGCUUGCAUGUCACUUCCCCAGCCUCAACAUGGUCAACGUGAGAUGUGUCCUAGCACUUUGUGACAUCUGCUGAUGUAAAAAGGGCUUUAUAAAUACAUUUGAUUGAUUGAUUGAUUGAUGGUCAGAACACAUUUUCCAUGUGAAUUAAGCCCUGCGUUGACCUUUGGUGUGGUUUGUCUCCACGUUCAGAUGGAACCAUCGGGAGAGGCAGUCAAAAUAAUGUGUAUGAAUUGGGACUGGUGAAAUGCAACCGCACGGAAACAAAGCUUGCACUUAUCCAAUGUGCACUUAUCGUCAGUAGUCAACCGUGUUACAGGGUGUCAGUGUGGUUAAUGCCAGUCGAUAAUAGUCCUUACGAGUCUUGCAGGCAAUAGCAGUCCUUUGGCCUGGUUCCAUAUCUUACUCAUGAUACAAUGUUCCUCUUCUCUCCACAGAAUUCUCCUGGUGGCUGUGUCCAUCUUCUCCCUGUACUCUGUGCACUUGCUUCUAAAGACAGCCAAUGAAGGAGGGUCGCUGGUCUAUGAACAGUUGGGUUACAAGGCCUUCGGCAUGCCCGGGAAACUGGCUGCAUCCAUCUCCAUCACCAUGCAGAACAUCGGAGGUGAGAACUAAGGACACAUCAAUGGUCAUUCAGGAAGACAGAUCAAAUUCGGGCGGACAGUCUCAUUGAUCCACUAGGAGUUGACUAUGUGGAAAAAAUAAAGUCCAAAGUCUAAAUGACAGUGAUGUCACACAUAGAAAAGGAAGAGCAGCCCCCCUGGUUCUGUAAAUGUUUAGAAUAAAUAUUUGCAAGGGUACUAGACUUUCCAAUGGAACAAACAUCCCCUUCUGCAAACCAAUAGGCCUAUUCAUCCUUAGUUAGUGCUAUUAGAACCAUUUCUGGCUCAGAGAUGUCUGUUUUGGAACAAAAUACAGGCACAUUUUGAUGUGAAGUCGCUGAUUCACAUUAUGACUUUGACUAAUUUUGACUUGCUUUUACCUUUGCAGCCAUGUCCAGCUACCUCUACAUUGUGAAGUAUGAGCUGCCGAUCGUUAUCCAAGCCUUCAUGGGAGCUAACAACGGGUAAGUAGCUUUGUCUCUAGAUUCUGUUUGUGCGUUGGUGAAUGUGUGUGUGUCUUUUAGUCAGCUGUUAUAGUUCGGUUUGACAAAUGGCCCAUGGUUGUUUUUGAGCGGUCGACCCUCGAGGUGAAGUAGUGACUCUGGUAUCAUUCAAAAUGGCGGCGGGUUGUUUUUGAGUGCUGCACUGGGAAGAUGUGAAGAGGCCUCUUUGUCCCUCUCGGAAGAGAGAGAGAGGAGGGAGGAGGGACGGUGUGUUCUCUGCGGCCAUUCAAAGGGUCCUUUUAGAAGCCAGUGCCGUACCGAGACAGCCCUCUGGAUGAGCUCAUGCAGACCAACCAACUGGCCCAUCAAACAUUCAUGUAGUGUUGCCAACAUGUAGCUAGACCACCCUAACUGCAGGCUGCUAUUUCUGUGUGCAUUGCAGACAUUCUGCCAUGUUUGUAUUUUACAACAUUCAAAACAACAGUCAAACGAGAAACGAAAGCUACAAUAGUUUUGACAUAGGUAAUAUUUUUUCACAAAAGCUAGAUACAUGUUGGGAUAUGAAUGUGUGUAAGUGUGUGUGUACCUGUGUGUUAUUAAAUGAAAAUGUGUGGUGAUAUGUGUGUACAGUGUAUGACGUGUGUUCUUGUCUCUCCUGUGCGUUCCAGAGAGUGGUAUGCAAACGGGGACUAUCUGGUGAUCUUGGUGUCAGUUGUCAUCAUCCUGCCUCUCUCACUUCUCAGGAACCUCGGUAAGACACAAUACAGAGUGUGGCACUUUACUUUGUGUGUUUGUGUGUGUUUACGUGUGUUGUAAAAUGCAGCACUUGUGUAAAAUGUUGGGAAAGGGCAGGGAAAUGGUGACGCACUGUGGCAACGUAUGUGUGUAGGAGAAGCCGGAACUGUUUGUUUACAUUAGAUUCCUUUUUGACUGAUAAAGUUAAUAUAUUGCCUUAGAAGAGUACAUUCUUAUUCAUUGUAAUACCGUUUUAAUAUAAAUGUAUAUGUUAUAACAGGGAUAUUACACAGUUGUUAGUAUAUUUACUAAAUUACAUUUCCACAGUAUAUGAAGUGCUCAAUAGUUUUUUCUCUCUCUGUUACCUUACUUCAGGUUACCUUGGUUACACCAGUGGUUUCUCCCUGCUUUGCAUGGUGUUCUUCCUGAUUGUGGUGAGUCAACAUCCUCCACCAUUCUGCUGUUGUGGUCUUUACUGUUCAUGUUAUUGUAGUGAAUGGCUCACCUACAGAUAUGAUAUCUUAAUUGUAUCACUCUGUUGUCACAGAUAAUGUUCCUGCACAGAAGGAAAAACUAAUUGUAGUGUUUUCAAGGUUUAAAAAGUAUUCUAAAGUUUGUAAUUUCCACCUAACUAAAAUGUAUCAACAACAUUUCCAUUAAUUAUAAUCCAUACAAUAAUUCACAUUUCCUGUCGCUGCAGGACUAUUUUCCUGCUGUGAGAAACUGGUCAAAUUAAGAUAGUACACCUGUAUAACUGUGACACAUUGGUUUGCAAUUCUGACCUGCUCUAGCUAGCUGGACCAUGAGCAAGCAUUUCAAAUUACACCUAUUCCCUCUAUUGCUUUCUAAAAGUAAUGAGUUUUUAAUCUGUGGUAGUUAUAAUAUUGGCAGUUAGCAAUGUAUGUAGCCAAUACUCUGUACCUUUUGUAUGGGAGUUUAAAUGGGCUUGGUUUCUUUUACAGGUGAUCUAUAAGAAGUUCCAGAUCCCGUGCCCUUACAUCCCUAACAUGGACGUGAUACUGAACGAGACGGUUAGCAAGGUCCUGAACACCAUGGAGGGCUACCUCAACACCACCGCCGUCAGCUACAACGAGGACGUCUGCACACCCAAAUACUUUGUCUUCAACUCUCAGGUGAGAAAUGGACAGAUAUGUUGAGUGGUAAAUCGAUAAAUAGAAAGAGAAAUACUUAAUUGAUGUCCAAGUGCUUUUGUACCUGUAUGUUUUUUUGUGCGGUCGAAUGUUUUUUUUGUGUGUGUGUGCAUGUGUCAAACGUCUAACUGUCUUGUCUAACUCUCUCCUUCAGACUGUGUAUGCUGUUCCUAUCCUGACUUUCGCCUUUGUCUGCCACCCCGCCGUCCUGCCCAUGUACGAGGAGCUUAAAGAGUGAGUCUAUCACUGUUUACACAGCUGCCACGUUGUCAAGGCUUUACACACACACACACACACACACAAGUGCACAAUCACACACACACACACACACAGUUUAUCACUGUAGUACCUGUGAAGAAAGGGAGAGAAAAUAACAGUGGUUCUGUGUUGUCUAAACCUCCUCUUCUUCCUGUUCUUUCCCAGUCGUUCCCGUAGAAAGAUGCAGCGCGUGGCCAACGUGUCUUUCCUGUCCAUGUUCAUCAUGUACCUGCUGGCUGCUCUCUUCGGAUAUCUGACCUUCAACGGUGAGCAACUCUGCCCCCCAUAGAAACAUAUUCAUCCUUUUUUUAACAGUCGGAAACCAAACUAGUUUGAGCUGGAAACAGUCGGUUUAGGGCUUAUACUACCAGUUGUUACGCAAGUACUGUCCCCCAUGAGAAAACAAGACACACAAUCAGCUGUUCAGUACACCAAUGAUCCUGCAUAUUUGUUAUGGCAAGGACAUCGCAGCAGGUGUCCAGCCAUGUUCCAGACUUCCCUAAAAGUAUGGCUAUGCAAUGGCCCUAGUUAGCAAGGACGACAUGACAUGACGAAAAUGGAUGAAGUUACGCACAACCUUGAAUAAUCUUGGCUUUAUUCCAAUUGAACUCUAAAUCGCAGUUUGAUUUGGCUGGACAUGUAACAGGCAGGUUCCAAAGACAUUUCUGAACCAAUAGCAAUAAUACAGCAAAAUGACAUAGACCCAGCAGUUGUGAAAGCCAGGGUAUCAUUCUAGGUCAGGUAGCCUGUUUGGCUAAGGCCUUGGCGUGUUGGUUGAGUGAAGGUUGACCGUAGGGGCCCUGUGUCUGGAUAUCUGAAAAGUGUGGACUCAUCAGGCUAAGGGAAAUUAAUUGAAUAUGUGGCUUUAUAAGUGAGAAGGAAACAAGCAUAAAUUAAAUGACCAUAUUGUAUUGGCUUUACAGUGCAUGUGGAGCCCGAACUGCUGCACACCUACUCCAAGGUCUACAAGUCUGACGUGAUCCUACUCAUCGUUCGUCUGGCCGUGCUGACAGCUGUCACCCUGACUGUCCCUGUGGUGCUGUUUCCCGUAAGCCCCACAUCUAUCUAUCUGGCUGGCUGGCAGGCAGGCUGUCCAUCCAGCAGUCCUUCUAUCCAUCCAUCCAAAACUUGUGAGCAUUGUCAAGUUCGGCACUGCCACCAUGUUGACCUUGGUCCCCCGUCUCUGUCUGUUUCUUCGUAGAUCCGCACGUCGGUCAACCAGCUGCUGUGUGCUUCCAAGGAGUUCAGCUGGAUCCGCCACACCAUCAUCACCAUAGUUUUGCUGGCCAGCACAAACUGUCUGGUCAUCUUCGUCCCCACCAUCAGAGACAUCUUCGGCUUCAUCGGUGAGUGAAUGUGUUCAGUUGGUCAGGUGCAGUUCACAGGAUCUAGAAAUUGUAAUAGGCAAAGAAAAGAGGUGAACAUCCCCACUGAGCCUGUCAUCUUCCUUCUCAGGUGCAUCUGCGGCAGCCAUGUUGAUUUUCAUCCUGCCCUCGGCCUUCUAUAUCAAACUGGUCAAGAAGGAGUCCAUGAAGUCUGUGCAGAAAAUCGGGGUAAGGAACCAUCCCGCUCCUUUUUGGUCCAUUCAAUUGUCUGUGGGUGUUGUGGCCUGUGACUCCUGGCAAGGAGCAUCAAUCGUAGAGUGGAGAUAGAAAGCCUUGUUGUGUUUGUUGUGCUAAGUCUGACCAUCUCGUCCUCCCCCUCUCUCCAGGCAUCCAUCUUCCUGUGCAGUGGCUUCUUCGUCAUGAUCGGCAGCUUGACCCUCAUCACCCUUGACUGGAUCAACAACGCCUCACAAGCCUCCAACGGACACUAGGACACCUUAUCCACCAGGGGGCGCUACAUCAUCCGCAGCUCAGCCGCUAAACAUCUGACCGCUAAGACUGCUACCCAAGAAGAAGAAAAGACCCCCCCCCACACACAACAAUGCUUGGCUUGAACUCUGAGCAAGAGACUAUACCAUUCCAAUGAGAAUGUACUGAACUUUGUACAGUAUGCAGUUAAGCCACACAGGUGGUGAUUUAAUUUUUUCCUUUCGUUGUGCUUUGUUUGUUUUGUUCCCCGUUUUGGACGUUUUCCCUUUUUUUUGUAGUUCUGGUACAGUUUAAACUCAAACAGGGAUGGUGUAGUUGUAGAGUUCCAAUGCAGCUCAUAUUCAGGUACUGCGUGUGAUCUCAGCUUUUUGGGCACGGCGACAACUUUUCUCAACCAGGUCCGCACGCAACCGCGGACAUCCUGGAAUUCCAGAACUCAUUAGAGGCAAAGAAAGUGGCAGCAGACUCUACUCGAGGUGAAUAAUUUAGCGUUCAACUUCUUAUUUUUUAAAACUUUGCCAAAAAAGGUAUUUGUAAUAUGUGUUUAUAUAUUGAAAAGCACUUAAUGUUCGGCACACUCGUGAGGAAAUUGUCUGUUCACAGACUACUAGACCGCUUAUCAGUAUUUGUACCAAGGCUGUGUGACCUAGCUAAUGGUGUCGGCUUAACUUGUAAAAUGCUUAGUAUGAAUCAACGAAACCUGCCUUCUCAAAACCCCACACUGGAAGCAGCAAAAGAUCUGUUAGGAGAGUUGAGUCUUAAAGAAAUGUAUUACGCAUUAUAAUGUAUUGAAUACCUUGUUCAAAUCUAACACAGCGAUGACACUACUGCUUGUAGAUGGGGCAUGCUCCCUGUCAAAUCCCCCGGCCGCUAAGGGGGGGACAUUACACUUUUUUUUCUUUACGGAAGAAUAUCUUGAAUUUGACCACAUGCGUGGUUGUAAUGUACCUGUUUACCUUGCAAAAAGAGUUGAUGUUUUCUGACGGUUUUGAGACCGCACAUAACCAAACGUCAUGUCAACGUUACAUAAUGGCUUCCAUGCAGAACUGAGGGAAGGCGGAGGAAUGUCGUGU